AUGGCGCCUAGUAGUAGUGUUCAGCGGAUCGAGUUACAGCAGCUCUCUUUUUCGUCCAUCGAGAGAGAGCACGGUACAAAGUAUGGCGAGGCUUUUACACCAAUUGCGUACACUGGUGGUCAUCGCGAUGGGUCCAGUCAAUCACCGGAAUUCAGUCGUCGCGAGCAUGCCGAGUACCCUUCUACACCCGACGACGCUGUUUUAGCCAUGCAAAAGUGGAACAGCUCACGUUCAAACGUUGUCCGUACAGUGGCCGUAUUCUGGAGCCUAUUGGUCAUGGGGGCAAACGAUGCUUCUUACGGGGCAAUUAUACCUUAUCUGGGGAAAUACUACGACUUACCUUACUCCUUCACAUCUCUGAUCUUCCUUGCACCCUUCAUUGGACAUACGCUCUCUGCCAUUUUGAACAACAGCCUUCACGAGAGUGUUGGACGAAGGGGCAUAGCAGUGAUUUGUUCUGUCUGUCACCUGGCAUCAUACGUCGCCAUUUCACUGCAUCCACCCUACCCAGCGUUGGUAUUCAUCUACAUGCUGGCUGGCUUGGGCAACGGGAUAGGCGAUGCAGCCUGGAACUCGUGGGUCGGGAGUCUGGCGGACUCAAGCCAUGUCAUCAGUCUGAUGCAUGCUUGCUACGGCGUUGGUGCUGUCCUCAGCCCAAUGACGGCAACCGUGAUGAUUAGCAAAGCUCAACUGCCAUGGCAUACUUUUUACUACUUCAUGGCUGGUUUGGCCAUGGUAGAGCUUGUCUUGACGCCAUCGGCCUUUUGGUCCGCUACUGGAAGUGCGUACCGCGAGGAAAACCCCAAAGGUCCAGAGCCGAGAGAGUCGAUUGUACACGAAACGUUGUUCAAACUCCCCUCGGCUCGGGUAACAUGGUUGUGCGCCGUCUUUGCCUUGGGCUACGUCGGACUGGAGGUCUCCCUUGGCGGUUGGAUUGUCACAUUCAUGUUGCAGGUUCGCCAUGGAGAAGAGUUUGCCAGUGGUAUGACGGCCACUGGUUUCUGGGCGGGUCUAGCCCUGGGCCGCGUUGCUCUCGGCCUCGUGACACCCCGCGUGGGCGAGAAGCUUGCUGUCAUGCUCUACCUCGGUGCUGCCGUGUGCCUACAGCUUUUGUUCUGGCUUAUUCCCGAAUUCUUUGUCUCGGCAAUCACGGUAUCUCUUCAGGGGUUUUUCUUGGGACCCCUGUUCCCCACCAUGAUGGUUGCCAUCACAAAGUUGUUACCACGGCACCUACAUGUCAGUGCCAUCGGUUUCGCCAUUGCUCUUGGAGGCAGUGGUGCAGCUGUCCUACCCUUUGUCAUUGGGGCUCAGGCACAGCGCCAUGGUGUGCAGGUUUUGUCUCCGAUACUGCUUGGAGCACUGGCAUUCCUGUUGUUGACAUGGUCUUUUCUGCCCAACUUUGGUCGCAAACAUGAUUGA